CGGGGGGCCGCGGUGGAGGCGGCUCCGCUCCCGGAAGGGACGGCUGGGCUGGAGCCACCGCCGGCAGCCCCGGGCUGCGGGAGGAGCGCGGAGGCGCGGGCGGCAGCGGAGCCAGGUCGGCUGUCGGGGGCUGCACCUGCGGAGUCGCUGCGAGCCUGCCCGUGCCCCGGCCGAGCGCGGGGCUGUCCGUGCUCGGUGCGGGCUGUGCGCUCCGUGCCCGAGCCGGCAGCCGAGCCCGCGGGAGCGGGACCUCACCUCCCAGCCCCACCGGGCUGCGGAGUUCGCAGCAGCAGCAGCAGCCCUCGGCGGCGGCAGCGGUGCUGCUGCUGGUACGUGAUUUCCCUCUCCUGCCGAGGUUCCUGCGUGUUGCUGUGAAAAUUCAGGGUGGUGGAUCUCGCCGGUCACUGAUGCCGUCUGGGGUUGUUGUGCGGUGAGAGGGAUGGUAAAGAACGGGCUCUCAGUUGUUCUCUUCGCCACUGAACAGGGAUGAGCACACUCAUGUGUUUGUUGUCCCAGAGCCUGGAAACAUAGGAAAGCAGAAUAGGCAAGCAGAGUGGGAAGAGUAGACCUUGAAGACCAGCAUGGAUUUGGUUCCAAGAGCGGGAGUUUGAUAUAAAUAUACCCAGAGAUUUUGUGGCUCCAAACUACAAUUAUUCAGGAAGCUGAUUCUGCAGCUGUGAUGGAUGCCAUCUGAAGGCCUGCAGUGAGCAUCAGCCAGGACCCAAGGGCAUUCAAUAACCAGGAAAAUGACUGCCUUUCUCGAGGAAGAAACAAAGGACAAAUGUUUAUUUCUUGUGUAGCUGGAAGGAAAAGCAAUACAAUCUUGACACACAGUUAAUUUAAAGAAGCAUUUUUCAAAAUACCUCUUGACUGCUUGGAUCCUGUAACUCUGACACAAACGUGUCUUUGGACUUGUGCAAAUAAAUCAUUGGAAGAAUUGAUUGGGUAAAGUGAUCACUGGCAGAGUGACUGUUGAAGGAUCAUGACAAAGCACUUGGAGAUCAUCAAUUUGUCAUUUUUGUUGGAACAUGAGAGGGAAACAAUAUUGGGAGUAUUGAAGAGAGAUGAGUACUUGAAAAAAGUUGAAGAUAAAAGAAUAAGGAAAUUGAAAAAUGAGCUUCUGGAAGUGAGAAGGAAAGGUGGAAACAGCCACUCUCAACAGGACAACAGCAGGGUCUGUUUUCGCUGCCAGAAAAGCCUGGGCUUGAUCUUUGACAGGGGAGACCUGUGCCAGACCUGCAAACUCCGGGUUUGCAGCACGUGUCGCGUGGUGGGCGCUGACGGGCACUGGAGGUGCUCGGUGUGUGCCAAGAUUGCAGAGCUACGGAUAGUGACAGGAGAAUGGUUCUUUGAAGAGAGAGCAAAGCGCUUCAAACAAUCGAAUCUUGGAACAGAUGUUGUCAGACAGUCUAUCCUACACAAAUUCCCAGACAGAGCUUCCAAUGCAGACGAAGAAAGAACAUUCAAAGAUCAACCCCAAGAAAGUGAAGAAAAAAAGCCAGAUGUACCAGCCUCCUCCACAAAUGGGCACAAAUCUGUCUUUAGCAGACCUAGAAAAAUUGGGAAGGUUAUCAGGGCAGUUACCAAAGGAGAAAUUACAUAUGGAAAAGAUGAAGGUGAAAGGAACACAGGUUCAGAGGCUGAAAUCUCAAGUGUGCGUGGUGGCAAGUCAGCACUGUGCUCUGAGAGAGGGAGCACGCUUUCCCUGACCAGCAGCGGUGCAGGGGCUGCUGCAGGACAUCCAAGAGGAGCCCUGGGCCCUGCGAGCCGAGGCAGUGCUUCCAAGCCUUCCCUGCCGCGCUCUCCGGCGCUCAGCGCACGCAGCAUGACCGCAGAUUACAGCAGGGACACUGGCUUGGAAAAUGGCAUGAUUAUUCCAGCAAGUGAAAGUGUACCUGAAGAUUUAGUAAAGAAGCACUGCAGGAAAGCAUCUGGAACACCUUCCAUUGCAGUUUCUAGGGUGUCUUUGUCAUCAGACCGUAGCCGAUCUGAGAUAGAUUUGAGUGAAUCUUUCUCUGAAGGAAAUGAAGAUACCCUGAGCAUAAGAAGCAAAUCUGUACCUAGUGCCUUAGAUCAGGAAUUGGGCUAUCUGGAUGAAACAGAAGAUAUUGAUGACAUAGUGGCCUCUCGUUAUCCAAGAAAACAUGAACAUAUGACAAGUGGAUUAUCAACAAACUCCCCAGAAGGCUCUGACAGAAAAUGGACAUAUUUAAAUGUGCCUGAAACAGAUGGUGAUACUACAAGCAUUAACAGCAUGAUGAGUGUAUAUAGUGAAACUGGUGACUAUGGCAACGUGAAGGUCAGUGGUGAAAUCCUCCUCAGUAUCAACUACAUCUACAAAACAGGUGCCCUCAACAUCCUGGUGAAGAGCUGCAGAAACCUGGCCAUUGCAGAUGAGAGGAAGCAAAGGACCGAUCCAUAUGUCAAGGCCUACCUUCUGCCUGAUAAGUCCCGCCAAAGUAAGCGCAAGACCAAAAUUAAAAGUAACAGCACCAACCCGGAAUUUAAUGAGACACUGAAGUAUGUCAUCAGUCACUCACAGCUGGAAACCAGGACCCUUCAGCUUUCUGUCUGGCACUAUGACAGGUUUGGACGCAACAGCUUCCUUGGGGAAGUGGAAAUUCCAUUUGAUUCUUGGAACUUUGAAAAUCAGGGCGAUCAGUGGUUUGUGCUCCAGCCCAAGGUGGAGGUUGUGACAGAUUUUGGGCUUCAAUACAAAGGAGAACUGACGGUGGUUUUACGUUAUAUUCCCCCAGACAGAAACCUAAUGCUUCCUCUGGGGCAAUUUCAAGGAAAGAGAGGCUUCAAAAAAGGAAAAAAAGGAGAUUCUCAUCUGCCAUCUGGAGGCAUAUUAGAAGUCCUCAUCAAAGAAGCAAAGAAUUUAACAGCAGUGAAAUCAGGAGGCACAUCUGAUACUUUUGUGAAAGGAUACCUGCUCCCAGAUGACAGCAAAGCUACAAAACACAAAACUCCCAUAGUGAAAAAGAGUGUGAACCCCCAGUGGAAUCACACCUUUGCUUUCAGUGGCUUGAAUUCAAGGGACAUACAGAAUGUCUGCCUGGAACUGACUGUGUGGGACAAGGAGUCUCUUUCCAGUAAUAUUUUCCUGGGAGGUGUCCGUUUGAGCACUGGAAAUGGUGUAAGCAAUGGCAAGGAGGUUGACUGGAUGGACUCUCAAGGGGAAGAGCAGCACCUCUGGCAGAAGAUGAUUGACAGUCCGGGAGCUGCAGUGGAAGGGGUGUUAAUGCUGAGAUCCAGCAUGGGGAAACGCAGACUCUGAAAGACUUGAACUGCUGGGGGGUGCCACAAGUAAUCCUGGUUUCAGUGGUGUCCAGGCUCGUGUCACUUUGCCCAUUUGAAUGUGAGAAGGGUUGUACUCUUUGCCUUGGAUAUUAAGGCUGUGAGUGAGAUUUUAAUGCAUUCUGCACUUUCAUGUACAUGUUUUUUACCCAAGCUUCUUGUGUGAAUUGUUUCUUCUGAAGCCAGUGAGAACUGGACCUUGUACAGAGAUCAGACUGGCUUCCUCUGUCCCUUCUGGCAGCUGGUGUGCAGCUGAUGAACACUUGGUCUGAGGGCUGCUCAGAGUGAGCAAAUUCUCUUGCUGGUCAUUUAGUGAGUAAUGCCACGUUUAUGAAUCUCCUUCUGGCUCAGAGAUGGCCUAGAAGGCAGCAGUGGCACAGUACAAGCAGAUUCAGAGCGUGUCUGUGCUUUGGUGUUUGUAGUCAAGAAGCCAUAAUGUUCUGAAGGAUAACAAACAGUGUUUCUUUAUCAUGUUUGCUUGUUGGCCUGUGCAGUGGUGCAGCACGACAGGCUUGGGACCAAAACCCCAGUGAAGGAGGGCCAAUACUUGGUUCAGUGAAAUCAAAAAGCCUCUUAUGAAAAUAAAUCAUAACAAAUCCUCAAACAGUGUCCAGAACUACGUGAUGCUACUGUGGUUUGGAUUCAGUUGACAGCUCUAGCCGAGACCUUCUGACGUCAUUGAACAGAGGGAAUAUGUCCACAUGCCAGUCCCCAUCUGAUGUGUUGCUGAGAUGAGACACACACCAGGCUUGGACAGUUAGCUAAGACUUGAUUCAACAGAUUGUGUAGAACAGAAUGAGAUUAAAGCAUGUGCCAAAAUGAUUUGCAUAACUGUAAAAUGUUCUCUCAAUGGGCUGGGGUCCCAUUCAGGCCCAUGCACAUUAAUUAUAACCUGAGUAGGACUUUCAUUCUCCUAAACAUCCCCUAGUAGAUUUAACGAUGAAUGGGUCUUGGCCAAGUCAAUCAUUAAUCUUAUUAACCAUGACAAUUGUUCGACAGUAAUUUUGUGAUUCCUCAAGGUAUAAGACAAAGGAAGAUCAGGAAAUGGAGUGAACAACAUUUCUUCUGAAUUUUCCACAAUUAGAACACAACUUUCUAUUUGCACUGGUAAAUUAAUCUAUAGCCAUUCCUUCAUAUUUUUUUGCCCCCAAAGUUUAUUGCAAGAAAUCUAGAUUGAACAACAGAAUAUGAACAUAGCUAAGCAACUACAGCUGGAGAUUUUGAUAUCAGUAGCUGUCCUACUGUACAAUUAAGUACAUGUAUUUAGAGCUGAAUUCAAAACUUUAAGAUGUAAAUUAUUUUCCUUUUAAGGUAUUUUAUGCUGGUUUUUGUUCGAGUGGCUGGAAACUGCAAAGAGGUUUACAACCAGUCUUCUAAAAUCCUAAUAUUAUUGGAUAAAAAAGUAUUUAUUUGUGUUAAAAAUAGCAGUUUUAAUAAAAUUAUUUGUUUCAUUAUGCAUAAGUUAUUUCAAAAUUCUGAUAUGACUUUCAAAAGUCACUGGAGGUACUUCUUGCCCAGUUGGAGACUCACCAUUUUCAGGAAUUAGCGAGUCAUCUUUGAAAAUGAAAAUUCUCCUACAGACUCUCACAUUGGGAACUGAAAGUCAGUGGUUACUCAAGAAAACUGAUUUCAUUUUCCUUCUUUAUCUUUUCUUCAUUUUAUUCUGAAGUUCAGCUCAAAUUGGGCAGUGAGGGAAGUCUAGUUUGGUUUUAGCUGACUUUUAAUUUUUGCAACCUAAAUGAUUCUGUCGUUCUACAAUUCUGUGCCGCAGAUGCUGUGAGCUGAUAAAUUAGAGCACAAAUAUCAAGCAUGUAACAUUUUAUGACCUUGUUCUUAUCACAAUAGUCUGUCUUUAAGUAUUAGAUUAUUUUUUAUUGCUAUCUUCCAAAGUGAAACUAAACCUAACUUUUGACACCUAAACUACCUCUCUCUUUAACAGAACUGUUCUGAAUUGUCUUGGUUGUUCGUACUACAAACCUGAAUUUAUUUUGGGAAUAAUGAUAUUACAUUGACAUGUAGGCACGAACUUGAUUUUUGCUUUUGCUAGAAGUUGUUUCAAACAGCUAAAGCUGUUGAAUCUAAAGAAAAUGGUUCUUCGAGGUAAAAUUCCAGCUGGAGUUUUAGAGGAAUAUUGUGCUGUUGAAUGGUUUGCUUUGAUUCAUUUUGAUGGUGAAAAUGCCAAAAAUAAUAACACAAAAACUCCUCCCAGUUGGACCUUAGAAUGGGCAUCUUUUCAUUUGCCAAACUGAAAAACUUAAAAUGAUGUUAAGUCGAAUUUAUUUUUGCAUGGAGCACAAGUGUUUGCCUAAUUUUUGAAUGGCACUUCCUAACCUUCUAAGCAUUAGCAUUUCAGCUAAAUCAUGUUUUCCUUUGAAACAAAAAAAGUUUGUAUUUUACUGCUUCAACUUCUGCCCAUUUUGGUCUUAAGGCAGAGUUUGUGAUGAAUGGUCUCAUCUGGGAAGUGCCACCCAGCACAUACACGGGCUUUAAGCUCUGCCUUUCCUUGCAAAGGGUCAAAAUGUUGCUCUGAGCCCACACCUGAAAUUACAGGCUGGGCUGUGAACAGGCUGAAGUUCAGCAUAUGGAGGGAACAGUUUCACCUGGAAGUAAUUCUGGCCAAGGUGGUGGUGUUUGCCAUUGAUGGGCUUUGGAGUAGAACAGUGAAAUUACCUCCUGCCUUAGCAGGGACAGUGCUGCAGCAGGCUGUCAACAUAAAAGGUGUCACACCCACCAGAGCCUCACGGAGAUGACGAGCAUCAGAUAAACACUGGAGCAACUUGGAAAGUUUUGCUGUUCUCUGAUGUUACCAGCUCAUUUGUAGGAAUCAUGUGACUUAUGGGAAAUGUCACAUUUAAUUAUGUCUCUCACCUCUUUGUUCUCUUCUUCUGUAAAGAUGGUUUAUGGUUUGGAAAAAGCACAAGAUGAUUAACUGCAGAUUUGAUUUCUUGUUUCCCGGAUAUUUGAAUUAAUUGCCAAUAAUUGUGCGUCAUCACGUGCUGUGUGUUACCAGGCUGAACAGAAAGACAGAAAGCCAGGAAUUAGACCAAAGCCUUCCUUUUCUAUGUGUGUUUAUGGUAUUGAAGGUGCAUUAAUGGUUUAUUCAAAGUUAAUUUUUAGGAGGAAAUAGCCACAAUUUUAACACUGAUUCAUAAACUCCUGCCCUGAGUAGAUAAAUACAGUAGAGCUGACGUUUCUGAAGUUGUUUUCUACACAGACCUGAACAACUAAAGCUGCAUCAGUGGAGAAGAAAUCAGCUCUAUGGUGGGUUUGGAAAAUGUGUUACAAACCACAUUUUACACUGAUACAUAUUUUUCUAGCAAGGUUUGUGAUUAAAUUUUGAGGGUUUGACCCAUUAAAGAAGAAUAAAAGUACAACUUUUGCUGUAAAAAGUCAAGUGGGGCCAGUAAAUACACCAAUAGACAGUGCCAGUAUCUAUCAAAAAGAGCUGAUGCCAUGGGCUUUCCAAGCCCUGCCAACAGACUUUGGUACCCAGCCCUGCACUCUGGUGGUUUUCUCUACCAGCUAUAUGGGGACUUUAGGCUUCCAAACCUGCUUGCGUGUUGAGAAACCUAAAGCAGGAUAAAACAGGUUUGAAAUGUCCUCCCCAUCUCCUCUACCUCCACCACAUUACACAAAUGAGAUGAGAGGAAAGCUGCAAAGAUUGAGGGAUGAUGUUGCCAUCUUCCUGUGCUAAUCCAAGUGCCACUGCCCUCCUUGGAUGCCUUUAAGAAGCCACAUUUUUUCAUCUUUCUUUCCCAGCUGGAAUGGUUUAGGAGAGAAAGCAUUGGGAUGGCAAGCAUGUUUUGAUCAUUGUGCAUUAGACUGGAAGCUUUUCCUUCUGUGCCUCUUCUAAUACAGAUUAUGCUGAGGUAGCACAAAUGAAGCAUUUUUAUAUAUUAAUCUUUGAUUUUUCUUUUCCUGACUGGUUAAGCCCUGUUAAAUGCAAUUAUUCUAAGUUGUAUUCUGCAAAAUAUCAACUCAGCUAUAACAACAGAGCAGCCUUUGAGCAUCCACUGGUCCUAAUUGAUAAGGAGAAGUAACGGGAGGGUUGCAUUUAGUCUGGCGUAAUUUUGACUUCUUGGUGGGUCUGCUCAUUUCCCAGCUUCAGGAAUGUAAAGUUUGCAGUUUGCUGUGUAGCAUCAAUGAAGAAAAAGGCUGCUUGGAUCUCUUACAGCUCUGGAGAAGAGAUGAGAGUCCUAUUUGCACAGCUGUCUGGUUUGUGGGCUCACACAAGGUAAUAAGAGUUGUACCUGAGUCUUUGCAAGGGUCUCUUCCCUUCAUCCCUCCCUUCAGUUCAGCAGCCCUGACCACAAGGUUCUCCCUGGACACUGAUCCCCAGUGUCUGGGAGGCAGCAGCAUGCAGAACUGAAGGGAGAGCCCCACUUAUUUUCUUCUCUAUGAGGUUAAGACUGGAAUUUUCCUUUGCUAACACACAGUAUUGAUUUUCAGCACUUUGCCACCAUGACAGAAAUCAGCAUCUCCUGAGACCUGGCCCAUGCACUUUAUAAACUAUUUUUUAAAAGUAAUUUAAAAAAUAUGGGUUUUUUAAAUUUAUUUUUUACCCCCAGAAAUGUUAACACCUGAGAACCCUAGAGAAAUGGUGGUGAAUUCCAGAACAGGAUGCAGACAUCUAUUUGCAGUGAUGGCCUUUACCAUAGCUCAGGAGGAGAUGCUGAGAAGCAUGCUAGCAGAACCUUACCACUGUGCCCAUGAACUUCCUACCCAGUGAUUUCAUGUUUGCAAAUGCUGUUUAAUAAGUGAUAAUAAUACAGUGUUACUUAUACUGUGUAUAUUGACACUGGAAACUGAAUCUCAGCUUGCUUUUUAGGUGUUUUUUUUUAGGUUUUCUAUUUAGAUUAUUUAUUUCAACAGUUCUACUUUGUGGCAAUAACAUGUAUAUGGCUGUGUGCUACUGCUCCUGACAGCUCUGUGUAGAUUCCCAAGGAUAGUUCUAAUUGUUGAGGUUUGCCUAAAGCCAAGCAUAGUCAUUUGCUGCAGCAAUUAGAGAAUGUCACAUAUCCCUCGUGCUGCCUUUGUUCUGCUUAAAAUCUGUUGCUAGCAAUGUGUUUAAUUAUUCUUCUGGACAUGAAUGGUAGUAGCAGUAAAUGGCAUUGCAGUAUGUUAAGUUCUGCCCAAAUUAAGACAAAGCAAAGUUUUCUGCUGAGAACAUCUUUGUACUGUGCAUUGUACAUUGUUUUGUGGACAAAGGUGGCUGUUUUCAGCUGUUGUCAAGAUUUCUGUUAUGUCUUUUAAAUUAAAAUACUGAAAUGUUGCUGUGUCUUUGUCUCUCCUAAAAUGAAUUACAGCAAACUAUGUCUCCUGGGAACAUCCUGUAUUAUCUCAUUGAAAUGAUGACUAACGCAAGAGGCCUACCAUGUCUUCAGAGGUGGGACUCCAUUGAUGGUGCCUGGGUUUUUUUGGUCUUAAAAGCACUUAAAAGUAUAGAAAUUCAGCUAUUUUUUGUUUCAGAAGCAUUAGAUCUGAUUUUUUUUAUAUAUUCUAAGAAAUAGGGAAGUGCACUGUUCUCUUCCUUCUUGCUACAAAAUUAUUUUACACGUGCUUUAACUCUGCCUGUUCACCAGGACCUUCCCUCCAUCCCUGAAUCUCCUGCUUCUUCCCUAGUUCAAGGUCCUGCCUACCUGAAAAUCCAGGUAUGUUCAAAAUGCAUCUUUUCUGUAAUUGCUAGUUCUGAUUUCUUUUUUAUAAUUAUUAUAAGAAAAAACAAGCAUUCGACCCCUCAAUUUACACUUUCAGCACAGUCAUGUUCAUUUCAACUUACCUCAGAGCUGAGGGCCCUCUUGCACCUUGUGGUUCUCUAGUUCCCUGGGCUUUUGUGUCUUGCUGUGGCUUCCCCAGUGAGAAAGGAGGCAAACCCUGCUCCUGGUCUGGGCUUGUGCUGCCUCUGCUCACUUUGGAGCAGUUCCAAAGUCUGGCUCAGUUCUGGUGCCCACGUUACGGGGAGAUCACCUCAGCAUGGCUCAGGGGUCUCUUGGUGUGGUUUGGGCACAGGCUCUUUUGCCCUCACACCACCCUUGUCUAGCUCGUCCCUGUGCUGGUUCUGGCCUUUAUGGGCAGGUCAGACACCCAAAAACUGGAAGCAGCUGCAGGUAGGGAAGAGCCUUCCUGCCAUUUCUCUGCCCUUUGUACCUUUGCUCAAGACUGUACUUAAGGACUUGCUUUGGGGUCUGGAAGACCCUCUGACCCCCUCUGUCACUCCUACACAACUGAACUGCAGUCCCUCCUCCCCUUCUCUUGGAGGUGAUAGAUGACAAAUUCUCCUUGUAAACUGGAAUUAUGGGCCAUCCUAAUCACUGAAAUUCAGGUCUUGGUACUUUCUGGCUGCGUGGGUGGCAGUGGGAGAUAUGUUGCUCACUAGAUAAGACACCAGCACAUUCUGCAUGGACACUGGCAUUCCCAUUUGUUUCCUCUGUGUUUCACAGAGCAUGCAGCAGCUGGAUCACUGCUUGAAAGUGGCCAGAGAAAACAUGCAUGAGCUCUCCUCAGCUGCCCAUGUCCUCACUGGCUCCUGUAGCCCAGGCAGCCUUGCUGCUACUCUCUGCCUUCCAGCAUCUGCAGAUGGUUUCCCACUUUUCCCUUCAGCAAGCUGCCAUAAAAAUCUCUUCCAGACACAAAUGGGGAGAGAGAAAUGGGCAGCCGCACAUGGCCAAGAGGAGCUGGGCCACCUCCUGAUGGUGUGGAGCACUCACUCCCUUUUCCCUCUCUGUGGAUGUACAGCCAGAGCAGAGACUGGUGAGUGGCUGGAAGCGAUCAAGCACUGAGAUUGCACAGCCUGAGCUCUAUUAUUCCCCCACCACAAUUUAAAAAGUGGGUUGUGAUCGUAAGAGGAUUUAAAUAUACUCCAGGUUACUCUUUAGCCUCUGCAUUUUCAUUAAUUAUGUGAUGCAGUCUGACUCAUGCUCUUAUGUAAGCACUGAGCUGUAAUGAAGCCCCAUGUUGUGGUUGUUUAGUGCAGAAAUGUAAAGGAUCAUUGGUGUUUUCAUUAAAAUGCAACACUUGCUGUCCCAGAGGGCUUUGAACUUCAAGAACAGGGAUGUGAAACUUCAAAUUCUGCCUCUCCUCUGCAGCUGUAGAGGAGGUAUGUGACAGCAGGGGUUGUUCUCAUCUCAUUAGGUAGAUUACUGGGUAGAAUCUGGGGAAAAUCAGGCCAUUUACAAAAUUGUUUUUUGCUGAGAAAUUGCUGCCUCCCACAAUUUAUCUCAAUAGUUUUGUUUGUAAAAGAUACUGGAUGUCAGGAACAGUAAUUCUUUUCUCAUCUGAAACAACUGAAGUCUUCUGGUUCUUACUCAGAACUCCAGACUGAAGUAGGAACCUCCAGCCCUUGACUGUAUCCAUACACUGUGAUGUGUCACAUCUCCUGCAAUGAACAGCCUGGAGGUGGGAUGGAAAGGACAAGACUUACGGCAGGUCUAAUAUUCGUGUUCUAAAUCAGAUUUGCAUUUUGACUGCAGUGGUAGGAUUAGAGCUAUGGCAUGAAGAGCUAUGUUGGUAGCACUAGAGAGACUCCAGCCAGUGUAACUUUGAGGGAGGGGAAUUUUCUACUAAACCUUCAGUAAAAAAAGUGCUCUGGUGUAGAUACUGAACCUUGCUUAUGCCACGUUAUUUUUCUGGAACCAAAAGUGUACAGGAUGAAUUACUGGAAUAUAUUUGCAUAUAUAAAUGCUGGGCUAAAGCCAGAAAUACUAAAUCCCUUGUUCAAACACUCCUUUCCCAAAAGGCCAUUCUACCAAAUCCCUGCAUACCAUACAUGCAGGCUGAUUUAACUCCAAAAGAGACUGCACGUGGUAUUUUUCACUGUUCCCCACAAAAAUGUACAACAGAAAAUACCAGAAACCUUGUAUUACUAAUCAAGAACAGCUUUUCUUAAUCACAGGAUUUUAAUAGAUGUUCUGUGCAGAAUAUACCUAGUAAUCCAAUCACUCAUGCACUCUCCUCCACUUAAUUCAAUUUCCUGUAACAGCCUAGUGAUUGCAAUCACUUUACUGAUUGUAGCAAUUGUAAAGCCCUGCUCCUGUUCACCCAGUCGUGAAAGAUGACUGGAUGCACUGACUCUGUACCUAAAUCAAAAUGGAACAGCAGCAGACUGGAAUUGCAGCAAUACAGGAGAAAAAUCAGACCCAUUUGAGGCUUUUUUUUAAUAGGUUUUAAAUCACUGGAAAUCAGUUGCUCUGCUUUUUCAGGGAGGAAAGUGAGGAGAAAAAAACCACUAAACCUGUCCACCUGUGAUUCAUGCUAUAAGCAUGUGCAUGCUGAAGAACCUGAGCAAGAGAACUGGGGCAGCAGCAGUCUGUGUAUGGAUGUGUCCUUGGGCUCAAUCACAGAAUCCCAGAAUGGUUUGGCUUGGAAGGGACCUUAAAGAUCAUCUCGUUUCAACCUGCCUGCUGUGGGCAGGGGACCUUCCACUAGGCAUGCUGCUGAGAGCCCCACCCCACCUGGCCCUGAACACCUCCAGAUUCCAGUGCCUCACCACCCUCACAGUGAAGAAUUUCUUACUAACAUCUAAUCUAAACCUGUCCUCCUUCAGCUUAAGGCUUUUUCUGUCACUUCAUGUCUUUCUGAAAGUCCCUUUCCAGCUCUCUUGUAGCCCUCUUUAGGCUGCUCUAAGGCAUCUCCAGAGCCUUCUCUUCUCCGGGCUGAACAGCCCUGAUGCCCUCAGCCUGUCUCGGUAGGAGAGGUGCUCCAGCCCCUGGACCACCUUAGUGGCUCUUCUCUGGGCUCCUCCCAGAGGUCCAUGUCCUUGGUGUGCCCAGCCCUGAUUUCCUAAACCACUGACUCUCUUAGGCAGCAGAGGGAAGGCAGCUUGGGGUACAGCUGCGUCCACCACCCCACGGGCUCUUACCCUCCUUGCUUCUUUACAGUGGGCUGCAGACUGACUUUAUCUUUGGUUUGGUCAGGUCUGGAAGAGAAAUGGUAUUUCUGUGAUUUUUGUUACCAAUCCUGUCCUAAGAGCAACACUUGGAAUGGCUCAGGGCUUCUUUGCCCCUCAGUUGCCCAUCUGGCAAAGUUGGCACCACCACCUGCAGAGCUCAGGGUGUAUCCUGAUCUUGACCUUUGGCAUCAGCACUGGAGGGCCAAGCCAUAGCUGCUCCUGGGUGUUCAGCAACACUCUCCUAACACUGGGAAGCAGAUCAUCCUGUUCAGAAGAAAUGGCUCACCCCCAUACACCUCCUCCUUGGUGCUGUCACGCUUCAGGCCACAAAUUAGCUUUUGUUAGCUGGUGUCAAGGCUGACUUACCUCUCUUCACAUCCACUCCCUCACUGACUCACUUGCAGGACCAAUCUUAUUAAAAGAAUUUUUUUUUUACUUUUUUGUUUUCUUUUUUUGUAAUUUCAGAUGAUGUGAGAGACCAAAUUCUGGUAAGGAUUACUUUAAAGAUGCUGGUAAAACUGUUCUGCUGACAGCAGUGUAAAAUUUAAAACUCUUACCUUAUGGUCAAACAAGCAUUUGGCUGAAAAAAGACUGUGCUCUUGAGGGGCAGCACAGAUGCUGGAGUGCAGCUUUUCAGACAUGUCAAAUUAUGCAUCAAACCCUGUGAACAGGCAUCCAAAGCUGUAACUCUCAGUUUUCACUCCUCUGAUACUUGUAUUCUUCUUGCAUGAUGUGUAUUCUUUGCAGUGGAUUGUCAAGAUUGUGGGCUACAAUAAAACAAAUGAAAAUUUUUUCCUGUUU